AGGCUGAUGUAUGUUUGUUCUAUUUCUUUGUGGAACACCUGGCCACAUACAGAAGUAGACAGAAGAAAAUUGGGCUCCCAGUUGCCAAUAACUUCCACUCUUCACGGAAAUGUAUUAAUGUGUCUUGGUAAUAAAUGUAUUAAUGUGUCUUGGUAAAAUGAUGUAGUUAAUUAAGAUGUAUGUCCCUAGAUUGUAGUCUUAUCUGUAACCUGCUAUUGCAUAAGGAAGUCGAAGCACUUUACUGGUCAUUUUGCACACAACCAAACGUCUAAAACGGCUCCAGUGAAAGUCUCCAUUGGAGUGUUGAGUGAUCGUGAACAAAGCUGCAGUGUUUUGUUUCACGGUCCAGUGGUGGGUGAGCCCCUGCUCUAAUCUGGGUUAUCGCCCUCUAAUCAAUUUAGCCCACUUUCUGUGGUUUAGUCUGGUCUGCUCUCCACUUCACAGACACCUUGCAGGGGAUGCUUCUUUCACAGGAAGAGGAACACUGAGUUUGUGGUCCAUGGCAGGUCGGCAUGAGAUGGACUCAACUGAGGUUUUGCCUGCUGCUGGAACAUACCCCAGGAAAAUACUGGACUAUAUGGAAGGCUUCUUAGUCUCCAAGACUCUGUUCACGGCCUGCGAGCUUGGCGUGUUCGACGUGUUGUUGGGUGCAGGGCGCCCCUUGUCUGCAGAAGAUAUCAGCCAGGCGCUCGGUGCCAGCCUGGACGGCACCGAGAGGCUGUUGGCGGCCUGUGGAGGCCUUCAGCUGCUUGAGAUGCACCAGCAAAACGGACAAGUGUCUUACAGUAAUACUGAGCAGGCCAGCCUCUACCUGACUCGCUCUGGUCCUGCAACCCUCUACGACUCUGUCCAGUACAGCUCCAGAACGAUGUACCUCUGCUGGCACUACCUGACUGAUGCUGUCAGGGAGGGAAGAAAUCAACAUGAGAAAGCCUUCGGUGUCAGCUCCAAAGAGUUGUUUCAGGCUCUCUACAGGUCUGACGAGGAGAUGGUGAAGUUCAUGCAGCUAAUGAACUCCAUAUGGAACAUCUGUGGCCGAGAUGUGCUCACGGCCUUUGACCUUUCGCCUUUCAAGGUCAUCUGUGACCUCGGCGGCUGCAGCGGAGCAUUAGCCAAGCAGUGCACGUCGGCCUACCCAGAGUGCACAGUGAGGAUCUUUGACCUCCCCAAGGUGGUGCAGACAUCCAGAGAACAUUUUGUCAAGGAGGCUGACCACAGGAUAAGCUUCAUUGAAGGGGACUUUUUCAAAGACCCCCUGCUUGAGGCAGACCUCUACAUCCUCGCCAGGAUCCUCCACGACUGGAAAGACGAACGUUGUGUAGAACUGCUCAGUAGAGUCCACAGAGCCUGCAAACCAGGAGGCGCUGUGUUGCUGGUGGAGGCAUUGCUCUACGAGGACGGCUCGGGCCCGCUCACAGCGCAGCUCUACUCCCUGAACAUGCUGGUGCAGACGGAGGGUCGAGAGCGAACAGGGGCCCAGUACAGCUCCCUGCUGGCGGCCGCCGGGUUCACCAACAUCCAGUACCGUCUCACAGGCAAAAUCUAUGAUGCCGUCCUGGGCUUUAAAGAAGCAUGAGCUUUGGAUAAAAAUGAAUCACUAUUGGAAAAACAUAUUCAUACCAGUAGAGUUUGAAGUAAAUGAACAUGCCAUAAUCGCAUUCAGAAAAAGAAAAAAACAGCCUCUGCUCAUAAAUUCAUCUAUAUGGAAUGCAAUUGUUCUUUUUAAAAUUGGAUUCAUACAUUAACAUAAUAAGAUCCCGCUUUAACCAAAACUUUCACUGUACUUAAGAUCAUUCCAAAAUUGUGUUUCUGUGCUAUAUCUUCGGUUUGUAGAGUUUGAGUUUAGAAUCCGUUUAACUCGUUGUCAUUUAUUAGUUCAGUGUGUAGUUAGUUCAACCCCUGGGAAAUGCAGGCCAAUUAAAAAUGUAUUCACACGGACUGAUGUACGUUAAAAAGAAAUUGCAUGUUUGCAUGUUAAAAUGGAUACUAAUCCUUUCCCACACAUUUGAAUGAUUAUAACCACGCAUAAAUCAACUGGAAGUCCAAUUUUUUCAAUCAUCUCACUUUUAAUUGGUCUCAGGAAGUGCAAACAUGCAAUAUUUGAUGAGAGAUAAAUAAUCAAUCUCUCCUUCGGCAGGCCUGAGACGUAAUGUUUUUUUUUAGGAAGUCAAGUUUCCGCAGUUGAGAUGUGCCAACAUGAACCCGGUCUAAAUUUACGCUUACUUCAAGAUCGAUUUUGUAUUCUGGUGUGUUUGACUAUUUUUCUUGGUCAUCGACUCCACCUGGUCAUGUCAGUCCCACCCUGCUCUUUCUGUGUCAGCCAAUCAGCUCCUCCCCUGCCCUUGUGUUCUAUACCCAGCUCUGUGUAAUUACAUACAGUAUUUAGUUCACCUCUAAAUCGCACCCUCGGAACUUCAAAUGUACUUGAGUGUUUUUUUUCCCUUUUAAUUAAUGUCAAUUGUCCUUGCAUUGCAUUGGGAUUUUGAGAUAUGUGAAAUAAUUACAAUAACUCUA